AUGGCUCCGUCCCAGGUCAGUGAGGUCAUCAAGGAGAAGGUGCAGCAGCGCAGCAUCCAGCUCUCCUGGCAGGAGCCCCAGCAGCCCAACGGCGUCAUCACGGAGUACGAAAUCAAAUACUACGAAAAAGAUCAGAAGGACCGAGUGUACUCCACGGUGAGGUCCAAGUCCACAUCGGCCACAGUGAACAACCUGAAGCCCAGCACGGCCUACGUGUUCCAGAUCAGGGCCUUCACAGAGGCAGGAUACGGCACUUACGGCCCUAGACUGGAGAUAACCACCAAGGAAGAGGCCACAGCCGCGAUUGUCUCCAGCGAGCAGAACCCCGUCAUCAUCAUAGCGGUGGUGGCCGUGGCGGGGACCAUCAUCCUGGUGUUCAUGGUGUUCGGCUUCAUCAUCGGGAGAAGGUACGCUCUCGCGGGCCCCAUUGACUCUCCGCUCCUGCACUGCGGGUACAGCAAAGCCGAUCAGGAGGGAGACGAGGAGCUCUACUUCCAGUUUAAAUUUCCAGGCACCAAAACCUACAUUGACCCUGAAACCUAUGAGGACCCAAACAGGGCUGUCCAUCAAUUUGCCAAGGAGCUGGACGCCUCCUGCAUUAAAAUCGAGCGGGUUAUUGGAGCAGGAGAGUUCGGGGAGGUGUGCAGCGGCCGGCUCAAGCUGCCCGGGAAACGGGAUGUGUCAGUUGCCAUAAAGACGUUAAAAGUGGGCUACACGGAGAAGCAGAGGCGGGACUUCCUGUGCGAGGCCAGCAUUAUGGGACAAUUUGACCAUCCGAACGUCGUUCAUCUGGAGGGGGUUGUGACGAGAGGAAAGCCAGUGAUGAUUGUCAUCGAGUACAUGGAGAACGGCUCAUUAGAUGGUUUCCUCAGGAAACACGACGGUCAGUUCACAGUCAUCCAGUUGGUGGGGAUGCUGCGGGGCAUCGCGGCAGGAAUGAGAUAUCUCUCCGAUAUGGGAUAUGUCCAUCGAGAUCUGGCCGCACGAAACAUCCUUGUCAACAGCAAUCUCGUAUGUAAAGUGUCUGACUUCGGCCUGUCAAGGGUGAUCGACGACGAUCCCGAGGCUGUCUACACAACAACUGGGAAGAUGCAGGAUGUUAUGAAUUUGAUCUUUACUCCAGCCACUGACCUGCAUUUUACUGAACAGGGUGGCAAAAUACCCGUCCGAUGGACCGCGCCGGAAGCCAUACAGUAUCGUAAAUUCACCUCUGCAAGUGAUGUGUGGAGUUAUGGCAUUGUCAUGUGGGAAGUCAUGUCCUAUGGGGAACGGCCCUACUGGGAUAUGUCCAAUCAAGACGUCAUAAAGGCGAUAGAGGAAGGCUACCGUCUUCCAGCCCCUAUGGACUGUCCACCUGGCUUGCAUCAGCUAAUGCUGGACUGCUGGCAGAAAGACAGAGCCGAACGUCCCAAAUUCGACCAGAUAGUCGGCAUCCUUGAUAAGAUGAUCCGCAACCCUAACACGUUGAAAACCCCAGUGGGAACAUGUACAAGACCAAUUAGUCCACUGUUAGAUCAGAGCACACCAGACUUCACCGCUUUCCGCUCAGUGGGAGAGUGGCUGGAAGCCAUCAAGAUGGAGCGAUACAGAGACAACUUCACAGCAGCUGGCUACAGUUCCCUGGAAUCUGUGGCCAGGAUGUCAAUCGAGGAUGUGAUGAGCUUGGGGAUCACGCUGGUGGGCCAUCAGAAAAAGAUCAUGAGCAGCAUACAGACUAUGAGAGCCCAGAUGCUGCAUCUCCACGGCACGGGCGUCCAGGUGUGACGAACUGCGACAGGCCUCGUCGGGCAGGGCGGAAAACACACAAAGACAGAACUUAUCCGGAGCAGUGCCUGGGACGUAACCGGGAUAAUCGUCAAAGUUAACGGACAUCUGUUAUGUCUGACUCUUCCGGCUGUGUCUGGAGUGAAAUCAUUCCUUUGUUCCUCAGUGAAGGAUUGUGGUCCGCCUCUUCAAAGGGCACUAAAGAGGAAAAGGGCAAAAAACAGCAACAAAAAAAGAAACUACCUGGAUGACUUCCUUUUUUUCUUCUUUUCUUUUUGAAGCGCUUAUGAACCCAACCACAUAUCAAAUGGCGCAUUGAACAGGAGUUUCUUUAACUUAACAACUGAUUUAAGUGCACACCACAGCUAUGGAUUUCCUUUAAAACGAACAAAUCUUGCGGUGGUUUUCCUUUUUUUCUAAUUUGUUACUUUUCUUUGUGUCCGCCACAGUGACACGUUGUGGCCCAUGCAGCAGCUGUUUUUUUUUUUUUCUCUCGUAUUUGGACUUGACAACAGGGUAAACUCUCUUUUAUCCAAACGCAGAGGGAACUUCUAGACUCAAAGGUACUUUUUGUGCUGACACAUGCUGGACUGUGUGAACUGUUUGCAGUGUUUUUCCCUUCAUGUGUUGUUGAAGUGAAAAUCCUUACGUGCUUGUUUGCGGCCUACGGAAAUGUGUUUCAACCUUUUUUUGUAUUAAGGAAUUUCCUGAAGAGUGCAACACUGAGGAGACGCAGGGGACGAAACGUUCUUCGAAUCAACAGACUUUUAUAUCAGCGUAGCAAUAUCCUUUGUCUUAGUGUUCACUACAGGAAACGCAGAACCUGGUUUGUUGGGUAGAAUGUUUCUGGAAGUUGAAAUCGAAGCCACCACCGCAAAUUGUUUUGCCAUCAUUUUGCCGAAAAUAUUGCACACAGUGUUUGUUUUGGUGCAAAUACAAUUUUUUUUAAGGGUGGAUCCAAGAACGUCUUAGACGUAAUACUGCCUUAAAAUGUGUUAAGUAUUGCCACUAUUUUAGGCACUUCAAUGGCAAUGCUUCCUGGGUUCAUUUAAAGGGUGGACAAGCUCCCUACUUUUUGUUUUCCUUGUAGUGUGAUGUCUUUUUAUCUGGAACUUGAACCGGUGAAAUCAAGUGCAAGGUUUAAUGCCACGAGUGACACAGUCGGCGAAGACGAGACGGACUAAACAGAGCAAUAAAUACCAGGUAGAAAUGGUCCUCACCUGAGAUUCUUAAGGUGCUAGGUUUUAUCGCAUGUGUGUGCUGAGACAAACCCUUCGGAACGAUUCCAGAAAAAAGGAAAAGGAAUGUACCUCUUUGACUUAAAAAACAGUUUUGAAAAGUGCUCGGGCUAGGGUUAGGGUUAGGCACAGACCCUAAACUGCCGUGCCAAUUUAUCGAAUGAAAUGAUCAUGUCACAUUUUGCCGCUAUGAUAUGCUAAACGUUUGAUGGAAACCUAACAUGGCAUGGAAAUGUCACACCAAGUGGCUGCGGAGAUGAAAGAGGCGCCAUUAGGAACACUAGAAAGGUUCCAAUUAGCCACGCUGACAUCAUCUUCCGACUCACGAAGCACCGUCCAGAAAUCAAAGAGCCUCCUUCAGGGUUCGGGUCUGAAAAUUCAGGACCAAACGAUGGAACUCGAGUCAGAUCGUGCCGUUAAAUCCCACCGUCCCGGCUCUGUAGGCAGCCAUGCAGCUCUCCCGUUGUUUAUUCACGCGUCUCCGCCGCUCAUCCCCUCACAGGCGUAGAUGUGACGGAACAUGCAUUAAAGUGUCUCUCAAGAUUGCUCCUCUUUUCUUCCAUACAGCUUUGUAUGGAGAACAGAGACGAGGGGCCUUUGCAAAAGACGUGCUAAAAGCCAAUCAACCUAUUCGGUGCCAUCUGUCUCCACUUCAAAUGCAAAAAAAAAAAAAAAAAAAAAAAAUUGUUUCCAUGUUGAGUAUGUUUUAGUGCAGUAUUCUUUGAUAAGAAAAUGCAGUUAUUCAGCUGUCAUGUAAAGAGGAGCGUUGUUCGGAGGGGAAAACCAUUACAACCAUAUAUUUUACUGCUGCUGUAACCGCAGAUAAAUCUAUAUUUUCAAAGCUACAGUCACUUCAUUCAACUAUAUUCAUCUCAAAUGCAAAGAAAAAAAAGUAACAAAACCACAUCAGAAAUCAUCAACCAUGGGCUCACUGACAAGAUGCAAAACCAUUACUAGCUUUGUCCGUUCUCUCUAUUAUAUUUCAAACUGCAUCCACGUUAAGCUACAUUAAAAACACAUCUUUUUCUUUCUAUAUUGGUCUUAUGUCCAGACUCCUCUGGUGUGGAGCCUUGAGAAAAGGCUCUCCUGGGUGGAUAAUACUGAAAGGUACAGGAAACAAGGACAUUGUAAGCCUGCUUAGACACUAUUGAAUAGUCUGUCACCUAUAAAGGGGGUAGCUAUAAUCCUGAAACAGACGUGCACAGCAGACAGUCAUGGCUGCAAAGACGGAUAUGUCCACACACACACACACUGUUUGCACACAUAGUCGGUGAAGUCAAACAUAAUUGGGCUAGAUUCAGAUGGUCCGGUGGCUGAUCUAACAAUACGGGUGUUAUGAUUACCCUGAUAUUUUCUUCGUCAAUCCAUUGGUGUAUAAAAUAGUAAAAAGUGCCCAACACAUGUUCUGAAAGCCCAGCAUAUAUCCUAUGUACAAAAUUCCUAGUUUUGUCCAACUUACUGUCUGAAAUCCAGAGAUAUUCAAUUAGGACUAGAAAAUGAGGCAAACAUUCACAUUAAAGUCGGAACCUGUGAAUUUUUGACACUUUUAGCCUAAAGAAUGAUUGAAAUAUUUAGUUUCAUUAGUUAAUUUCAGCUUUACAUUUUGUUUGCACUGUUGGAUUUGAAAUGCCAUUUUGCAGGUAAUGUUGACUAGCUACAAUCAGAAUACUAUUUUUCACUGUAACAGUACUAUUGACUGACAACAGAAAAAAGAAGUAAUUAAACAAUACUUACUGUCGAGUUUGACUGUAUUAAAGGAAUACUUCACCCAUAAAAUGAUCAUUUGUAUAUCAGUUACUCCAAUUGCGUUAUGCUUAAUUUAUAACUUUUUUCUCGCAUGCCUCCAUGGUGAACAAAUAAUCCAAAAACUGAGAAAAUUCUUAAUGAAUUAAAGUGUAUCAGGGUCAUGUUUAACUAUUUCAGUGGAACGCUUGAACAGAGUUUAAAGGCACGUGGUUGACCAGGUGCACUUCAUCCCUGAAGCUGUUCAUGUGGAAUUUGUUUUUUAAAUACUAUUGUUAUAGCAAAAAUGCAUGUGUUUGGUAAGAACUAAGCAUACAUCUAGAUAAAUGUUAGUCGAGUUAUACUGCACAAGUUGUUUGAGAGUAUGUUAACCGAUGUGUUGAUAUAGUUUUUCUGCUGUUAAAAUGGCCCCCAUUAACUUCAAUUCAUCAAGAAUUUUCUCAGUUUUUGGAUUUUAUUCACCGUUGAGGCAUGCGAGAAAAACAAAGUUUGGCUCACAAAAUCAAGGUAACACGGGGUGAGUAACUGAGUAAUAUACUGAUAUACAAAAAAUAAUUUUGAGGGUGAAGUAUCCCUUUAAAAAACUUCUGAUCACAGAAACCCAGAGAUUUAAUCAAUCUGUGCUAUUGGGUUUUUUUUGUUUUUGUUUUUAUCAGAUUUAAUCUGUAAUUCAUAGUUCCACCAAUAGACUACAUUUCCUGAUUUUCUGUCGUCCAGCUGCUUUGUGAGGACAGACAUCUUAACAAAAAUUAAAAGAAAAAGCUAAUGUGGAUGCUUUCAUUUUUACAUGUAUUUUCAAAAUUAUCCGACUUAGCGUGGAUGUAUGCAUUGAUCCAUUUUCACUGUGGGACUCACCUUUGUGAGGAGACACCAGGAAUUAGCCCUGACCAGCUCUGAGCCCCUGUGUCACACACACCCUCCCUUUAUCCAUACAGCAGAGCUCAGCAAUUGGGCCUUGGCCAGACCUUUGAAUUGAAUACCGGCAUAAAGUCAUUUAGUCAGCACAAAACUCCCCAGUUCACAGGCAGCACUCUCUCUCACCAUCCACCCCCCCAUCCCCCACCCCCUGCUCUGAUUUUAAAACCAGGGCCCCUGGAGGCCCCUCACACCCCAGGGUAGAAUGCCUCAGUCCCCUUUUUCCUGUGCUGGGGAAACAGCAGUUUGAGCCAAAUUGAGAUUAAGGCCAGGAUACAAUCGAUCCAACAUCCAAAUCACCUGUAACCUUCACCAUGAAAAGUCACUUUACUGUCUGUUCCAGCUUAUUUCAUCCACAUUUUUAAACUUCAGGUUGCUCAACUCUUGACAAGAAUAGGUUUGUUGUGGCUCUAUUUCAGCAAAAACACAAAAAAUAAUACAAAAUUUAAAAAUAUUAAAAAAAAAAAAAAAAAAGUAGAGGGUUGGUUGGAAUCAGGAAUAGCUGAUAGAGUAUGACGUUAUUUUUCAAAUCUUGUUGGUUCAGCAGUUGGAAAUUAGUUUCACCGCUUUGUCGAGGUGGUGGAUAAUUCCAAAGAGUGCAGCACUGUUGAUUGUGUCAGAGAGACGAGACUUUGAGGGAAUCUUUGUAUAUGUUCUAAUUGUAAAACUUGUACAUUUUAUUUAUAUUGUUUUUUUACACAUAUUACUCAGUAGAGAGCUCUGAAUACAUUGAAAAUGCACUAUAUUUUUCUAUCUCGCAGAUGAAUUAUUGUCACCCACAAGAUUUCAGUUGUACAUAAUUUUUUUUCAUUUAGGACCAAAGACAGCUGAUAGGAUUUCCAUCUUUUCUUUUGACUUUGUUUUGAUUUUGCCUUUGUUUUAGGUUGUUGUACAGUAAUACAAAUUGUCAAUUUAUUAUUUAUUUUUCUGUGAUGAAAGUAUUCAGAAUAUUCACUGGUCAAAAGUAUUUUCCCCAACAGCAGAACUGUAAGAUCAUUUAAUUAGACAAUUUCUUGUUACAUAGACAAUUCUUUUUGCUUUGUAACCUUUGUAAUAGACUGUACAUAUAUUUUUGGAAAUAUAAUACAAUCUCUAUAGAAGUUUGGGUUGUCCCUUGUGUUUUUUUUAUCAUUACCCUAACUCAUUUUAAUACACAAGUGUUAAGUAGACAUUCAUGAAAGUUUUGGUUAUUAGUAAACUACAUCCAGUGCCAGACCUAGCACAUUCAUUGCCCUGGGCAACCCCCCCUGCCAACCGUCAAAUGCCAGCCCCUGCC